AUGUUCUUCAUCAGCAGCUUUCGCGACAUCUCCGCGCGAAACCUCCACAUCCUCAAAGCUCAGCCUGUAGCCGAGAUAUCAGGUUCUCUAGGUGACCUGGGCACAUUCCUGCCCAUUGCCAUCGCUUUAUCUGUCAAUGGCACAAUUUCUCUUUCCAGCACUCUCGUCUUCUCGGGGAUAGCCAAUAUCCUGACCGGUCUAUUCUUUGGGAUACCACUCCCCGUCCAGCCUAUGAAGGCCAUCGCUGCUGUGGCAAUCGCUAACUCUUUUACUAACGGUGAAAUUGCUGCUGCGGGCAUAUUCGUAGCUGCAUGUAUCUUCGUUUUUAGUGUGACCAGUUUACUGCGCUGGUUCGCCGAUGUGAUCCCCAUUCCCGUGGUCAAGGGAAUUCAAGUCGGGGCAGGAUUAUCUUUGAUUAUUGCCGCUGGUGGCAGUCUUUCUGGUUUGGGAUGGAUUACUCCCUCAUGGGCAGAUAACCGUAUCUGGGCCAUUGCGGCUUUCUUUUUUUUGUUAGUGACCAACUAUUAUCGAGAAAUACCGUAUGCUUUGGUGGUGCUUGGGGUCGGCCUUGUGUUUGCUAUUUUCCGUGUAUCGCAGGAGAUGGAUAUGCCCAGUUUCAGGCCGUGGAUACCCAUUCUGACAGUUCCCGGGGAUGGCGACUGGCGUGCUGGCAUUGUCCAAGCGGGUAUUGGACAACUACCACUUACAACGUUAAACUCCGUUGUGGCCGUUGUCCAUCUGGCCGGUGACCUGUUGCCGGAUGUGACAACCCCAUCAAUCACAUCCGUGGGUCUGAGUAUCUCGCUCAUGAACUUGGUGUGCUGCUGGUUCGGGGCAAUGCCCGUUUGUCACGGAUCAGGAGGUCUGGCAGCUCAGUUCCGAUUCGGAGCCCGGUCAGGGUCUAGUGUUGUGUUCCUGGGGGUCUUGAAGUUAUUGAUUGGACUGUUCUGUGGAAACACUCUGGUGGGACUGCUCAAAUCAUUUCCCUACGCCUUGCUCGGUAUCAUGGUCAUUGCGGCAGGUCUAGAACUUGCCAGCGUAGGAGAAAGUCUCAAUACAACAGGCGCUCGAGACCUAAGGAAAUACUCACCGGGUGGCAUAUUAGGUGAUCAUGAACGCGAGAUUGGCCCCGUCCUAACUGACGACGAAAGAAAAAAGAGGUUCACGGUCAUGAUGGUUACAAUCGGAUUCUUGGUCGGAUUCAAAAAUGACGCUGUGGGUUUCAUUGCGGGGAUGCUGUGUCAUUGGAGUUUUCAGAUACCGGUCUGGUUGCAUUCGAGGAGACAUGAAGGGCGCAUUCGCUUGCCGGAUUUGAUGCAAUACUGUUGCACUCAACGCGUGAAAGAGGCGCAAUACUCGGCAGCUGCCAGAAAGGGGUUGUCCUCAUCAUACCUCGAUCGGGAUAGUCCAUGA